AUGGAAAGGUUGAUCAAAGAUAGGGUACUUCAAGAUCUGGAUUUUUCAGAUUUCACUGCCUGCGUUGAUUGUAUUAAAGGAAAGUUAACUGCGAAGGUUAGAAAGAGUAAAACAGACAGGUGCACAGGAUUGUUGGAGUUGAUUCACACUAAUAUAUGUGGUCCUUUUGUUCCACCUGCCAUGGGUGAGCUCAUUUGUGAAAAAUCUGAAUCUUUGGAUGCAUUUAAGAUUUUUAAGACGAAGGAUGAGCUUCAAAAGGGGAAGAAAAUUAAGGCAGUUAAUUCAAAUAGAGGUGGAGAGUAUUAUGGGCGUUAUGAUGAAAAUGGAAGGAACCCUGGGCCUUUCGUUAGAUACUUACAAGAAUGUGGGAUUGAUGCAAGAUAUACAAUGCCAAGUACACCUCAACAUAAUGGAAUUGCUGAAAGAAGAAAUCGCACUCUUCUUGACAUGGUGCGAUGCUACACCAUUGGAUCAAGAGGUUCCAGGGAAGAACGCAUUUUUGUCCCUGUACCUGUCGCUUCCGCUCCUAUUGAUGAUCCUGUGAUUGAACAAAUUCCAGUAGAAACUCAUGAUGAACCUCAAAAUCAAGAACAAGGUGAAGAUCAUGAUGUUGGGGAUGAUGAAGUUAUGGUGAGAAGAUCACAGAGAGCCCGCAGGCCUGCUAAUCCUGAUUACUACCUUGUCUAUUUCCAGGAACACGAGCUUGAUGUGCAAGAUAAUUCUGAGCCAGUCUCUUAUCAAGAAGCCAUGCACAGUCCUAAAUCUGUGUUGUGGAUGGAUGUAAUGAAAGAAGAAUUAAGUUUUAUGUCACAAAAUGAAUUUUGGGAGUUGGUUCAGCUACCCAAAGAUGUGAAAGGUGAAAUGGCUCAAGAUGGGAUUGGAAAUAUGGGAGGUAUGUUCUCUACAUUUCCAAACUAA